AUGAAGUUUGCCUUUGCCCUGCUCCUCGCUGUGGGCCUCGUCGCCGCCGGUCCGCUCAACUCCUCAAAGAAGCACAACAACUUUGGCGUUGACUUUGACGCCCUUUCUGAGGGCCGAAUUGUGGGCGGUGUGGCGGCCACCCCCGGUCAGGCGCCUUACCAGGUUUCACUGUUGUACGGUGGACGUCACUUCUGCGGCGGCACCAUCGUCUCCGCCACCUGGAUCGUCACUGCGGCGCACUGCGUCGACGGCACUAGUGUUAGCCAGAUCUCCAUCCGCUACAACACCCUGACUCAGGGCAGCGGCGGUCAGGUGAUCAAGUCGAAGACCAUCAUCAAGCACGAAAACUACGACAGCAGCACCAUCGACAAUGACAUCGCCGCCAUUGAACUGGAGGCGCCGAUGACCCUCGGUCAAACGAACGCCAACUCGGUACCGGUUGUGGGCCAGGACAGCGACCCCGCCUCAGGCGUUGACGCCGUCAUCUCCGGAUGGGGCGCCCUCAAGGAAGGUGGCUCCUCCCCCUCGGCUCUGCAGAUUGUCACCGUGCCCAUUGUGGGGCGUGACCAGUGCAACGCCAACUACGGCGCCGGAAUGAUUACCGAUACCAUGUUCUGCGCGGGUGUUCCCCAGGGCGGAAAGGACGCUUGCCAAGGUGACAGUGGAGGCCCGGUCAUUGUGGGCGGUAAGCUGGCUGGUGCUGUUUCUUGGGGCUACGGUUGCGCUCGACCCAACUACCCGGGCGUGUACGCCCGCGUCGGCAAGUUUGUCAACUGGCUCAAACAGCACAAUGUCGACUUUACUCUGUAA